UUGGUUGUGAGUGUGAGCCAGGGACUGAUUGGAGCACGCAGUGGGAGAAAGUGCUGCUGCUCCGUGUGUGUGUGAGCCGGGCUAAGUGUGUGUAAGCCGGAGGUGCUCGGAGCCGGAGAGUGUGUGUGAGCAAGGGAGCCGGAGAGUGUGUGUGAGCAAGGGAGCCGGAGGUGCUGGGAGCUGGAGUGUGUGUGAGCCGGGGAGCUGGAGGUGCUGGGUGUGUGUGUGUGUGUGUGUGUGAGCCGGGGAGCAAGAGGUGCUGGGAGUGUGAGCCGGGGACCACUGUGCCAAAGGUGAGUGUGUGUGUACUGGGGAAACGCUGAGCGGCAGGAGCGUGCUGCAAGGACGGUACUGCAAGGAGUGGGCUGCAAAGACAGGGCAGCUGGAACAUUGGACAGUGCUGCUGCAGGAAGGUGGACAGCUAAGAAGAAGAACAUUGCUGAGGGCAGUCCAGACGUGGGGUGGACUAUUCCAUUCUGGGUAAUCCUACGCAGAGCGCCUAAGAUGGCUGCCGCACCUGGUACUUUGUGAGGGUGGAAUACACAACCCCUGGAGCUCCAGGGAAGGUGCAAAAGAAGGGGGGAAAAAACAACCCAUUAUUUUAAGAUCAGUCAUCUAUGGACUCCCCUUCUUUCUGAUCUAAGUGCUGUGUGCCUCCCGGUGACAUAGAGGAGACAGCAUAUAACUGCUCCUUUGCAGGGAGACGUUAUCACUGUGCACCAGGAAGUGGUCACACUUCUGAGCUCUGGAACAAAGCCCGGAACGCAGCACCACCCGCCGGGUUAUUAUUGGAACGCGGUAGUGAUAAGCUGACUCGUUCAGACCGUCACUGUCAGAUGUGUACAUGGAAGGAUAACUGUGAGGCUUGACCACCCGGCUAAGAAAAUAUCGAUAAUGGGUAGUUUGGAGUCUGUAACAAGUUCCGUUCUGUCAUAUGAAAAUGUAGUCCAUGCGAUGUCUGGAGCAGUGGGCGGUGUGACUGCCAUGUCUCUCUUCUACCCACUGGACACUGCUCGUCUCAUACUACAAGUGGAUGACCAGAGGAAAUCCCGCAAUACUGCUGCUGUGCUGAUGGAAAUUAUUAAAGAGGAGGGGCUGCUUGCUCCAUACAGAGGUUGGUUUCCUGUGAUUUCCAGCCUCUGCUGCUCCAACUUUGUCUACUUCUACACUUACAACAGUCUCAAGACCUUAUGGGCAAAGGGGAAUGUCCCAAAUACAGGAAAAGAUUUGACUGUUGGUUUUAUUGCAGGUGUGGUAAAUGUCCUGCUGACAACUCCUCUGUGGGUUGUUAACACCAGACUGAAACUACAAGGUGCUAAAUUCAGAGAUGACGAUAUUGUACCUACCAAGUACACAGGCAUCACUGAUGCAUUUCAAAAGAUCUUGCAGCAGGAGGGAGUGAUGGCCCUGUGGAAUGGUACCUUCCCUUCGCUGCUUUUGGUUUUCAACCCAGCAAUCCAGUUCAUGUUCUACGAAGCACUAAAGCGUCAACUCCUAAGAAGGCAAACAGAACUCUCUUCUUUGGAGGUCUUUGUAAUCGGUGCUAUUGCCAAAGCUAUUGCCACAACUGUCACUUAUCCUUUACAGACAGUGCAAUCUGUACUACGGUUUGGCCAUGAGAAGCUAAAUCCAGAGCAAAGGACUAUGGGAAGUUUGCGCAGUGUCAUUUACCUUCUUAAGCAACGCGUCAGGCGUUUAGGAUAUCUGGGCCUCUACAAAGGCCUAGAAGCAAAGCUCCUACAAACUGUGUUGACAGCCGCUCUCAUGUUCCUCGUGUAUGAAAAACUGUCCAGCCUGACAUUUAGGCUUAUGGGGCUUAAACAGUAAUAAGAAAGGUUGAAUGUAGUACAGUGAAGCCAAAUCUCUUUCUCCCACGAUGAAUUCUACACUUCUGAAACAGGAAGUAAAUAAAAUAAAAUGUUUUGGUUUUAAUCCUA